AUGCUGAGCCUGUUCCUUGUGGGACUGAUAGGGGAAGCAGCAUCAGUUUCUUGUCCACCAUGUACUAGUGGUCUUCAAUGUGAUACCAAUACGGGUAUAUGUCGUCCGUUUCGUCAAGCUUUCUCAAAUCCACCACAAUUGUCUUGCGGUACUUGUUCUCUAGGCACGAUGUGUGACUCGAAUACCGGAAUAUGCCGCGCUUUUCGAUUUCCUGGGAAUUACGAUCAGCCGACCACAUCACUGUGCGUUGGAGUCACCUGUCCAACAGGCUAUAUGUGUGACAACAACACUGGAACGUGCCGGAAAUUUAGGGAUUUGUCGGCCAUUCCGAACGCCCCCAUCUGGCGAAUGUCAAGUGGGAUAUGCCGCUCAUUUCGACCUACACCGAGUGCGAUCGAUCGAUGUCAAGGUGUUCUCUGCCCUCAAGGAACUGAAUGCGAUUUGAAUACAGGCGUGUGCAGACCAUUCAGACAAGCUGAUAAUCUCCCACCUGUCACUUGUCCUGCAAAUUCCUAUUACACUGGAUGCGCUUCGCCUUGUCCUAACACCUGUACUGAGAACAGCUCCCGUUGCAGUUUGCCAUGCAUACCAACUUGUGCGUGCAAUCAAGGCUACGUGCAGGCCAGUGCUACAGACACUAGCUGCAUCUUAUCAACUCAAUGCCAGCAAUAUCGAGUUGACCGAUGCACAAAACUCCAGUGUCCCCCAGAUACGAACUGCCUAGAUGGAUACUGUAAUCCAAAAAUGUGUCCUUCAGUAGUUAAGCCAGCAAUCCGAGCAGGAUGUCGAUAUAUGCUCACCAGAAAUAUUAACGGGUGCCUUGCUAUAGAUCUAAAUUGCUGA